CCGUCAGAGACACGCAGCCGCCCGCAGCCUAACGCAACCUAACGCAGCCUAACGCAACCUAACGCAGCCUAACGCAACCUAACGCAGCCGCCCGCACGCCUCAGGCCGCAGACAUGGUGAGGACCAAAGCCGACAGCGUCCCCGCGGCCUACAGGAAAGCUGUUGCAGCUGCUGCACCCCGGAAGUCUCUGGGAUCCAGUUUGGCCAAUUCAGCCUCCUCCUCCAGCAGCCAGACCGCCACCCCUGCAAAGGGUAAAUAUGCAGGCGGGAACCCGGUGUGUGCCCGGCCCACGCCCACCUGGCAGAAGGGCAUCGGGGACUUCUUCGGCGGUCCACCGAGGAAACCAGAGAAGGAGAACCAGAGACCUCAGGAGGUAGAGGAUGACGAAGAGGCCGGAGGCAGCGGGAUGACAACCAGGAAGUCCAGACCGCUGCCGGCUGACGAUGAAGACGAUGAAUGAAGAUGAAUGAAUCCGUUUUGUGACCGUCGGUCCCGUUUGUUGCCUCCACAUUAACUUUGUGGCGUUUUUAAUGUACAUCUGUAUAUAAUAUCUGCUGAAUUCACAUUGUAUAGUUCAUUAAACCUUUUUUAAAAAUGUUAUUAACCAGCAGUUUCACUUUUAGAUGUUAAAAAACUAACGCAGAGCUUCACCUGAUGCUGCUGAGUGUAUCCUCCCAGCGUGGGAUGGAUUUAUGGAUUAAUGGAUUAAUGGAUUAAUGUUGAUCAGUCAAUGUUUCUCUCAAUGAAUCUGCUCCUUCAGAGAAUACAUUGAAUUCUUUGUUUCCUCUCAGACACAAAAACUCAGAUUACAGACUUUAUGAAAAGAAAAUGAUUCAUUCUAGAAGUUAUUUUGUUUCAAGGUUUGGAUUAUUCUUCCAUAUGAAAAUAAAAUGUUUGAUUUCAUCAUAAUUUGGUGUUUCGUUGACACAAAGCUCCUGUAAACCAAGAAGUCUUAAUAUUUCUAAUGAAACUAUUUGUCUC